AUGGCGUUCCAAGCUAAUAGAAUGGUAAGUAUCGUCGAUUGUUCUUCCACCAAGACGAGGAGGAGGAGGAAAAGUCAUGAUUCAUCAACCCCUGUUGAUCAGGUUCCUGCUGAUAUGCUGUGGUCUAUCUUCAGUAGGCUCGAUGUCAUUGAUAUCAUUCGAGCGAAACUUGUUUGUUCCUCUUGGAACUCACUUGGAGAAGAGCUUGUCCCAAGGACCCCCUGGCUUAUGCUUCCUUCAAAAGAAGAAGUAGAAGGAAGAUAUGAUGCUGAUAACAAUGCCUACAGUGGCUUAUUGAAACUUGGGGAGAGUCAGGUUUGUAGCCCGAAAAAGAUACCAAAGGAAUUCAGGGAAAGUUGCUGCGUUGGAUCAUCGAACGGGUGGCUGAUUUUCCUGGAGGAAAAAGCUAUGCCGUUUCUAUUCCACCCACUCAGGCGAGUGAAAAUCCGACUUCCUUCAUUAUAUGCUAUGCUCGGUUUACAAAGAAUGGAAAGAAAGGCGGAUGGCGUAUAUGACAUCUCAUAUUUUGAAGAUUCUGAGGAUUAUUUUAGGCUAAUAACUUGUCAACAUAAAAAGCAACACCUACGAGAAUAUUUCAUGCAGAAAGCAAUCUUGACUGGAGAACCCGAUUGCAACAAUAAAAAGUAUGGUGUGAUCCUGUCGUGCAAUCAUGAAAAGAUUGUAUAUCAUGAAAGUGAAGACAGUUGCUGGACUGAACUACCUGACGCUAGGCAUCCGCCCUACCAAGAUAUCAUAUGCCAUGAAAACCAUCUCUUAGCAUUGGGAAACGGGAAUAAUAUUGAAAUAUGA